CACGAUGCUAUCUUAUCUCUACAUCCACAUUAGUAGGAGCAACUCGUUGCUGACUGCACGCAUGUGUCUGAUAUUAAAUGUGUUGUGAAAACUGUGCCUAUUCAAAUAGUGUGUGUUUGUGAAUAAUAAUAAUGCAAUAACUAUUAAACUGUUACUAAUAAUAAUUCCACCAUGACUGAAGGUACGGUCGAUAUACAUGAAUUAGAAAAAUUAAGACCCAACACAGACUCGAAUAAAGAUGUAGUUAACAAUACACAACCGGCCAAUGUUGAAUCAGUUCAAAAAUGGAGCAUAAUACUAGAGCCGGCGUUGGCCGGCGCUAUGAUGGCUAUAAAUCUGGGACAGACUUCUUUGCAGAACUUCUAUUUAAGGACAGCCUGCACUGUCGACUUAGGAUACUCGCUAGAUGUAUGCAACAGAGGCGUAGGUGAAGAAUUUAGAACUGCUGAGGCAGCCAGUCAAAUGGUAGUAUCAGGCGUGAAUAUUAGUCGAAGUUUCGUGGGUUGUCUUCUUUCGACUAUUGUCCUAUUAUUCGUGGGACCGUGGAGCGACUGCAGUGGUAGACGGAAGCCGUUACUCAUCAUGCCUCUUGUGGGGAUGUGUGUGAUGACGACAGGAGUUCUUCUGAUGCUGACCUUCCCUGGUGCUUCGACUGUGCAAGUGUUGUACGUAGUGCAAAUUCCGAUGUCACUGGGCGGCAAUUUUGGAUUACUUCUAGCUGCUUCGUUUAGUCAUGUUGGUGAUAUAUGUCAUGCGAGCGGUCGUGACGUAACGCGGACGAUGGGCAGUCACCGGGCCGCUAUCCAGAUCGCGCAUGUUCUUGGUGCAGUUUGCGGACCCUUGCUCUACCGACAGCUCGGUUUCUACGGAGUAUUCCCACUUGUAUUGUUACUACAGUUCGCAUCGUUGGUGUACGUAAUAGUAGUUAUAAAAGACGUGAAUGUGAAUAACGAUAACAAAGUGUCGGUAUUCAAUUGGCGACUGCCGCUGAACGCCUUCCAGUGCCUUGUGCGGAGACGGGACGGCUACAAAAGGACUAUCAUACUGCUCAUGCUGAUCGUGGCCCUCGGUGACCGCAUGCUGCUCUCUGCGGAGGUGCUGCUCUCCUACAUGUUCUACAGAUACAAGUUCCAUUGGGAUGACGUCAUGUUCGGAUCCUUCCUCGCAUACAGGAAUAUCGUCAGUUUCCUUGGCACACUGUUAAUUCUAACAGUAUUGAAGCGACGCCUGCGUCUAUCAGACGAAGUCGUGGGCGUACUGAGCUGCACUUCAUACAUGCUCGCAACAUCGGGUCUUAUGGCCGCUUCCACAACACUAGUCGUAUUUCUUCUUCCUCUGAUCGGUAUAAUAGCGCAGGGAUCUCAAGUCGUGCAGCGGCCAAUUCUCAACAGACAGAUAUUACCCACUGAACAAGGUAAAAUAUAUAGUGUAUUAGGUGCAAUGGAAUCUGCAACACAGACGUUUUCGUCGCCUCUGUAUUCAUUGCUCUACACAAAAACAGUAGCCACAAGACCUGACGCGUGGCUGAUACCCGGCAUCAUACUAGCUGUCUUCCAAUUGCUUUCGUAUGCGCUAACAAGAAGACUGGGCAUCAAAACAACCAAAGACUUAGCUCAAGUUGAAAAUAAUGCUUCUGUACAAUUGGGUAAAUCUAAACAAAAGGACGAAUCUCCUCCUAAAGAAGAACCAAACGGAACGCAAGUAGUUGGAGAUGAGACUGUUAUUAAUAAGGUGUAGGUAAUUUAUAUCGAAUUAUAUUAAAUUUAUUUUUU